GAUUAAACCACAUGGUAUGUUAAUAUUGACAUGCGCAGUGAAACAUUAACGCAUGCGUAAACAGUUUUGUAUUUUCCCCGGACAAUCAUGGCUGAAAUGAGCCCCGGAAUAAGAAAAUAAGACUGCAUAUUUAGGUUCCUUUUCAAUAUCGGGAUGGCACAUCAACACCACUUAGAAAAUGAGAAGUACAGACAAUGGGUGAAGGCCGGACUUGGCUUAGGAUACUUAAAAGAAGGACUAGCGCCAUUUUGUGACGACGUCGCCAAACAACAGCAUAAAGACAUCUUAGAUAACAUUAAACAGACAAAACAUCUUCACACAGUGACAUGUGGUCUGUGUGCUCUGAGGACUCUCAAACCAGACCAUGUGAAAAUAGGAAAGAAUCAAUGUCCUUUGGACCAAGUUAACUGUAACUGCUGCUAUACGAAUGGUAAAAAUGCUUGCCCAAACAACGUAUGUGGUGCAAUCUAUGACAAUAUAAUAACUAACCAUGCGUCCACACCACCAGCUCCUUAUUGGAAAAACACCCAAACUCAGCAGUGGACUGGAGAUCCUUGGAGUAUAGCUAAAUGUUUCAUCAACGCCCCUGGAUAUGAUCAGAAGACAUCAGCAGCCGACAUUGACUGUACUGGACUACUGCAUGUGAUUAUAAACAACAAGUAUUUUCAUAAUCACAUUCAGUGUAAUUUAGCUGGAGCUAAUGUAUUUUCAAAGGUAAAAUAGUACAUGAGUACACUUCUGCUUAU